AUGCAAGUGCAUUCCUCCCUGCACAUGCAUGCAGCCCUCACCACAAGGAAACGACCACACCAGCCAGUAACGGCGACAACUACCGCUGGCCAGUCACGGCCCAGUCGCCUCUUCUAUAUCAGUGACAAGACGAGCGGCCUCCGUUUCCUUGUCGAUACUGAUGCCGAGAUUUAUGUGAUCCCGCCUCCAAGGCGCCACCAUCUCAAGCCUUCGCAGUUUUCAUUGCAGGCUGUAAAUAGCACCACUAUCAACACUUAUGGCCAACGAUCGCUCACACUUGACAUUGGUCUUUGGCGACGUUUUCAGUGGGUCUUUGUGCAGGCCGACGUCAAAUCUCACAUUAUUGGGGCAGAUUCCCUGACUCAUUUUGGUCUUGCAGUCGACCUCAAGCAUCGCAAACUUAUCGAUACCACAACUACACUCUUUACAAUAGGGAUUGCUGCUUCUGAACCCUCGGUUAGCAUCCAGUUGACCGUACUAAGCCCACCUUUCGCUGACAUUUUGAAGGAUUACUCGUCCCUCACUUAG